CUGCCUCAUCGACCUGCACAUCAUGGAGGAAGAACAGGUACCUGCCAUCUAGAGACGGAGAAUAGCAGCAGAUUUUCAAUCGCAGCGACAUCGUAAACCGUGACGGACCAAUAGCGAAUGCAAGUGAAUCUGGGACAAUAAGCAACCGCGAUGAAGCAUUUUCUAAGGGUGUUGACCCAGUUCCUGGUGUUCCUGUACUGUAAGUGUUUGUGGCAAGGCCUGAAGUUUGUCGUGAGGAAGGUGACAGGACGAUGUGAGCUGCAACGGAUCUGUUACAACAACAAGCCUGGUGCUCGCCGGACCCUAAAGAUCGAAUCAUCUCUCAAAUGUUCUAAAAGUGAGCUUCUGCAGUCUGCAGUCAGUGUCCAUCCAGAUGCUGUUGAAAAGACCAUAGAUGACAUCAUGGUGCUAAAAAAAAUACACCCGGACACAAAUCCACAGCUUGGCAUCUCGCUCCAGGCUUGCCUUUUCCAGAUCGUGGGCUAUCGGAACCUGGUGCUGGAGGUGGAGAAGUUGCGGAGGGAGCCGUAUGACUGUGAGAAUCCAGAGCACGAGGACAUGCUUAUGCAGCUAUGGAAGGCACUGCGUCCUGAAUCUCCCCUUACUGGGCGCAUCUCUAAGCAGUGGUGUGAGAUUGGUUUCCAAGGCAGUGAUCCCAAAACUGACUUUAGGGGCAUGGGUUUGCUGGGUUUGCACAACUUGCUGUAUUUUUCAGAGCAUGACAAAGCCACUGCUCUCCAAAUGCUCCAUGACUCUCUGCAGACCAAACUCAGUAAGAUGAGCAAAGCUGAGUGGGAAAAGAAGAAAUUUGACAAAGCUAUUGGGUACUCGUUCGCCAUCGUUGGCAUCAACAUUACGGACCUGGCCUACUCUCUGCUGGUGAGCGGCGCUCUGAAGACUCACCUGUACAACGUAGCGCCAGAAAUGCCCAGCCUGGUGCAUUUUCAGCAGACCUUCUGUUAUCUGAUGCAGGAGUUCCACAGGUUCUGGGUUGAGGAAGAUCCAUGUGAUAUCAUGGAGUUUAAUCGUGUGCGCAACAAGUUCCACAAGCGAGUGCUGAAGCAGCUGAAGAAUCUCGAUAUGGCUCUGUGUCCUCAUUUCACUGCCUCUGACCUUCACCUAGUUAACCUGUAGCUCCUAUUCUGACCCCUGGAGCUUGACCCUGUCAACCUGUGGCUGCUUAUCUGACCCCUAAACCGUGACACCUUAUGUCACCUUCCGUAAGCUUCCGUCUUUUGUUUUUCUCAUCUCUGCCGACCUUGCCAAUCAUACACUCACACAUGUAUUCAUGCCUAAACAGCCCCCCUCUCGCACACCUGACCAGAUUUGUAGUAAGCUCAGAUCACCAGCAUCACUGAAGAUAAUGGUGACUGUAAGAGUGCAUGAUACCACUGCACCACCUUACGUUUGAGUCACUCUAUUUUUCUGCAUUGGUAAGCCACUGACACUGACUGUAAUGUUUACUGGUUAUAAUCAGCAUGGUUUUAAAGUGACUCAAAUUUAGGACAUUUAGUAUCACUCAUGUGACAGUGCUCCCUAUCUACCAGUAGGUGGAGCGGUUAGUUCAUGUAUAUUAGGCCAAGUGGUAUUUACACAGCCCACAGGAACUGCUUGCAUUUAUAUCAAAUGUAUUUAGAGCCAAUUGGUCUUUUUAUGUGCAUAUACUGUAGCAAUGGUAUUUCAAGGACAUAGAACAUUUGCAGAAGUAAUAUGAUGUGUGAUAUAAGAACUGAACCUAUCUAUUUAGGUAACGUGGAAUAUAAAUGUAAUUUUAGUGCAUUUAAUCACUCAAGUCAUCAUCAUAUGUAAUUUUGACAUCUUCUGUCAUAUAUUAACCAGAAAACAUUUUCUUGUUGUCAAGAUGUAUAGCUUAUGAAUAUAUUUACUUGCCAAAAUUGUUAUAAAUAUGUGAGCAUUUUGUGAAUGUCAUCAAUUCAUGAUUGUUUUGAAUAAUGUAUUUUGGUGUUGAUGUAAAAUCAUUGAAUGUUGUUAUUAUUAUUAUUUUGCUCUUUAGUUAACAAAGCAAUAAGUUAAGUUUGGGACAGCAUUUUCUUUUCAUUUUGCAUAGAACUUGGGUCUUUGUUGUUUGUUCAGUAAUGAUCUUCGGACUACAACACUAGUAUUCUGUGUUGCUAUCUUCACUUACUUUGCUUUGUUUUGCAAUUUAACUGCUGAGAUUUCACAAAUGAGAGAACUGACAACUGAGAACUUGUUACCCCAUGUGUACACAUUUACCCUUAUGUGCUUAUGUGGAUUUUUCUUUCUCUAGACCCUUUCAAUCUUUGGACAGUCACAGGGUUUGCAUGGUGACUUAUUCUUCUUUUGUUUUUGUUUUUUUGCUCUUUGUUUUAAAAUCUAAUGAAAGGUUGUCAGAAUAUCACUCAGUUCAUUUCAAUGCAAUGCAGGUACCUAAUGUAAGUGAAUAUCUAUGCUUUUCUAUGCUAAGUGUUCAUCUUUUUUUUCAGAUUUCAGUGAAAUCUGUGGUGGUCUUUGUUCUUAACCUGCACUCAACUGUGAUAAAUACUGAACAUCUUCAAGGCUUCAAUAUGCAUUAAUGGAACACUUGCUGUAUAUUCUGCUUAAGAGAUUUUUAAUAAUGAUAAAAAAAUAUAAUCAAUUGCAUGGCUUAAUCCAUGAUGUAACUGCUUCUGUUUUUAUGGGCUCCCUCUCCUCUGUUUCUCUCUUUUUAGAUCAGUAUAGGAACAUUUUAGUGAACAGACUCUUAUGUUGAAUUGAAUUAUUUGCACUGUGUGAAAGGGGUGCUUUUUAAAAUCAUUUCAAAGGUCAGUGUAAUAAAAGUCAAAUAUAUUGGAA